AUGGGGUCAUCGUCACCAGCUAGGGUGGCCAGGAGGAGAUCUGGACCAAAUGGUCCUCCAGGAGGCAGAAUAUCCGGCGGCACAGUCGGUGGCGGGUCAAUAUUUGGCGGAGUAGAAGGCGGUGGAAUGAUGUCCGGAGGUGGGUCAGGUGGAAGUUUAUCAGGCGGUGGUGGCCGCGGUGUGGAGGCAAAGGAUCAUCAGGAUGCGUUUGAGGUGCAGGUGAGGGCGGAACUGGGAGGCACAGGUGGGAGUGGUUGCGGCGGAACCUGUGGUGGUGGCACUUUAUCUGUUGGAGAGGGAGGUGGAGCCUCGUCUUGGGCUGUGGAUUUCGCGGCGGUUUUACAGGAACGUCCGGAAACGGUGGUGAAGGCAACGGUGGUACUGGAAACUGAGGGCUUCGGUUUGGGUCUGGUCCAAGCGGCGGUGCGUCGCGCUUAG